AUGGCUGCCCCCGUGGAUGCGAAGCUGCUCCGGCAGACCAAGUUUCCCGCAGAGUUCAGUCGCAAGGUAGACAUGACCAAGGUGAACAUCGAAGUGAUGAAGAAAUGGAUUGCAGGAAAGAUCUCAGAGAUCCUCGGCAACGAGGACGAUGUUGUCAUUGAACUUUGCUUCAACCUGAUUGAAGGAACUCGCUACCCCAAGAUCAAGGAACUUCAGAUCCAAUUGACUGGGUUCCUUGACAAAGAUACCCCAGGUUUUUGCAAAGAGCUCUGGCUGCUAUGUCUCAGCGGACAAGAAAACCCCCAGGGUGUUCCAAAGGAGCUGCUGGAAGCUAAGAAAAUGGAGCUCAUCCAAGAGAAGCUCGAGGCUGAAAAGGCCGCCGAAUCCGCUCGCCGACAGAGAGAACAAGACUCAGCCCGAGAGCGUGAAAUGGAUGAUCUCAGAAACAGAGAGCGCGGAGAUCGUGGACGAGCAAGAAGAGGCCCUGGUCGUGGUGGUCGUGAUAGCCAUGAUGACCGUGACUUUGAACGACGGAGAUCACGCUCACCUCGCAACCGAAGCCGGGAUCGAUACCGUGAACCCCCACCUCGUCGCGAAUUCGAUUCUUACGUCCCAUCUAGCUCCAACCGAGGUCGCCGCCCAAAUCGGUCGCCUUCUCGCUCCCGAUCCCCCUCCCGUUCCCUUUCCCGUUCGCCCCCUCGUAAACGCCAUCAUGACCGACUUGAUCGUUCUUCAGACCGCCGCCGCCGAGCCUACAGCCGAUCGACCUCCCCGAAACCCCAAGACCGCAGAGAAAAGAGACGGAGUUCGGAACACGGUGAUCGACACAGGCCCAACCCCCACAUUGAUACCUCCCGCUCACGAUCUCCCAGAAGAGACCGGCGGACACGUCGCUCAGACUCCCGGAGCCUAACUUCCCCAUCUCGGCACCGCCGUCAUAACAAACACUCCGACUCAAAGGACCGUUCACACUCUCGAUCACGUUCCCAUGAAAGAAGUGCAACGUAUCGUCGACACGAGUCUCUACACAUGAGUGAACAGCUUAACCUGGGGUUUACUCGUCGUCACUUGAUUGGCGGUCCUGGCCGACAACGCAGUCGGAGUCGAAGUCGUACUCACGAUCGUGGCCGAGAUGGACGACACCACAGCCGCAGUCCGGCAAGGGAGCAUGCACGCCGACGCUCUCAGGACAGAUACAGCCCGCCCGCGCGCAGAAAACGCGCCUCUUCCUCACCUGCCCGCGAUGGAAAGCGGCAGAGAUUUACUGACCAGCCAUCUGAAUAUUCUCAUCGAUCCCCACCGGCUGACAAUCAACCCCAUUCAGAGCCCAAGGACCCAGAUGAUGCUGAUAAGGUGGAUAAUUAA